AUGGCAUCAGUUACCCGCGAAAAAUUAGAUGAUGGAACUAUUUUUGGUAUAGGAAAUCCAUUACUUGAUAUAAGUGCUGAAGUACCAACAACAUUACUUGAAUCAUAUAAUUUAAAAGCCAAUGAUGCAAUUUUAGCAGGUGAAGAACAUAAAGAUUUAAAUGAAACUAUUCUUCGUGAUUUUCCAAAUCAUCAUUUUGUUGCUGGUGGUUCAACACAAAAUUCAAUGAGAGCUGCUACAUGGCUAUUGCAACAACCCGGUGCCUGUGUUUAUAUGGGUUGUGUUGGUCAAGAUAAAUAUCAUCAAUUAUUACAUGAUGCAGCUACAAAAGCUGGUCUUACUUUAUCUUAUCAAGUUUAUAUUGAUCCUGAAGGACAUGUACAAACUGGUACUUGUGCUGUUCUCAUUACUGGAAAUAAUCGAUCAUUAGUAGCAAAUUUAGGUGCUGCUAAUCAUUUUACAAUUGAUCAUUUAGAUGAUCCAAAAAAUCGUGAAUAUAUUGAAAAAGCGAAAAUAUUUUAUUCAGCUGGAUUUUUUUAUACAGUAUGUCCUGAAGCUGUGAUGCGUUUAUGUGAAUAUGCUGAUAAGAAUAAUAGAUUAUUUUGUACGAAUCUAGCGGCACCAUUUGUUUGUGAAAUAUUCGGUGAUAGAUUAAUGAAAGCUAUGCCAUAUGUUGAUUAUUUAUUUGGUAAUGAAACUGAAUGCCGAACUUUUGCUAAACAUCAAUUAAAAAUGGAUACUACUGAUGUUCGAGUAAUAGCUAAAGCAUUAAGUGAACUUCCAAAAAAAAAUACUAAACGUCCACGUGUGGUUGUUAUUACACAAGGUCCUGACCCAACUAUACUUGCUAUUGCUGGAAAAGAUAUUAAAGAAUUUGAAGUUAAAAAACCAUUAGAAAUUGUUGAUACAAAUGGUGCUGGUGAUUCGUUUGUUGGUGGUUUUCUUGCUUAUUUGGCGCUUGGUAAAACUCAUGAAGAAGCAGUUCAAGCUGGUGCUUAUUGUGCUUUUGAAUGUAUUCAACAAUUUGGUUGUACUUAUCCAGAAAAACCUAAUUUUGAUCCAACAACAUUUGUUGCUUUUGAUAAUAUGGACAAUAACAGUAACAAUAAUCGAACAUCCGUUACUGCUAAUACAUCGUCAAAUACAAAUGCAACUACAACAUCAACAACAACAAUAGCAAACUCAUCUGCAUCCGCAUCUUCCUCAUCAUCUGCAACAUCAUCAUCAAUUCGACAAAGUCAUAAACGAACAUUUUCUGAAUCAGAUUCAUCAUCACGUACAGAACGACAUUUAUGUUCAUUUUCACAUUUAUGGAUUAUUAAUUAUCUUUCAUCAUAUAUUGAUGAUUCGAAUUCUACUUGUCUUCAAUCGGAAUCAUUUUCACCUGUUAAUACACCUUAUUCAAAUACACGUUGGAGUUUAAAAUUGUAUCCACGUGGUUUAAAUGAAAAACAACAUACAAAUAAUAAUAUAGCUAUAUUUCUUAAAUAUGUUAGUGGUACAAUGCCAACAAUAAAAGCUAAAGCUGAAUUUAGUGUUGUUAGUCGUAAUAAUGAACUUGUUAUGUUACGUUCAACAAAUUUUCAUACAUUUUCAUCUGGAAAUGAUUGGGGUUAUUCAGAAUUUCUUGAUGGAAAUUAUUUAAAUUCUCGUCGAAAUGAUCUUAUAACAGAUGAUCGUCUACGAGUUUAUGUUCGUGUUGUAUUAGUCGAUGAAAAAGAAACAACUACAGGUGAUUUACUUCGUCAUCCACAUCAUCAUCAUCCAUCAUCAAUUUUACCACCACCACCACCACCGCCACUACCAUCAACACCAACACCUGCACCUACACCAUCAUCUCAACAUCCAAUUCAACAACAACAACAACAACAACAACAACCAUCCAGCGCUAUCCCAAAAACUCAAGCAUCAACAUCAUCAUCAUCAGCAUCAUCAUCAACAGCAACAUCAAUGAAUAAUUCAAAUCCAUCAAGUGCAUCAACAACAUCAUCAACAAUUAUAUCUGGUUUAUUUACAGAUGAUAAAGAACGUUUUAAAUCAUUAGAACUUUUAUCAAGUCAAAUAAAAACCCUUUUAGAUGAUGAACGUUUUGCUGACGUACAUAUUCAUGUUAUACCUAAACAACAAACAACAACUCAACAACACCAGCAACAACAACCAAUUAUUAAUGAUGAUCAUAGAAAGUCAAAUCGAACUAAACAUCAAAGAAUAUCUUCAAAAUAUCAUCAACAACAACAUCCAUCAUGUUCAUCUUGUCAUUGUACAUCAGAAAAAAAUAAAUCUUCUAGUACAACUAACGAACAAAUAUCUGAUCAUCAUGAACAGUCAUCGUCAGUUAUCUGCAAAGAUUCUGAAUCAGAUAAUUUUGAUUGUCGUCAUUCAACAAAUCUUUCGUCUCAAAAUUAUACAUUUUCUAGUUCAUCAUCGUCAUCAUCAUCAUCAUCAUCCUCGACAACUCCAAUAACACGUCGAACAACUCGUUCAACAACUUCAUUAUUAUCACGUAUUGCUCAAAUUUCAUCAUCAUUAUCAUUAUCAUCUGAAAUAAAUCCUUCAUCAUCAAAUUGUUCAACAUCAUUUAUUGAACCAUCAUCAUCAUCCGAAAUAUGUUCAUCGUCUUCCAUAUUAUCAUUAUCAUCAAAUAUAAAACGUUGUUCAUGUAUAUGUCAUUAUCAAGAUAAUACAGAACAAGAUAUACAUAUAGAUAUACAGCAAUCUCAUUUAAAAUAUUCUAAUAUAACACCAUUAGCGACAUUUCAUGCUCAUAAAGCUAUAUUAAUGUCUCGUUCAUCAUCAUUUGCAACACAAAUACGUAAUUCAACAAAUUAUCAUAAUAAAACAAAUUCAAAAUUACCAUCAAUUGAUUUAUAUAUUGAUGAUCUUGAUCCAUCAACUGUACGUAUAAUGCUUAUUUAUAUAUAUACAGGUCGUUUAAUAACAUCAAAUGAUGAUAUAAAAACAAAUAUAAAUGCUAUUGAUUUAUUUCGUGCUGCUGUUAAAUAUGAUUUACAUGAAUUACGUCAAUUAGCUAAAUCUACUAUGUUAGAUGUAUUAAAAAUUGAUAAUGCUAUUGAAAUGCUUGAAGUUAGUGAUCAAGCUAAUGAUGUAUCACUUAAACAACAAGUUUUAGCUUUUAUACGUUCAAAUGCAUCAGCUGUAUCAAAAACAAAUAAUUGGUUACAAUUUACUAAACGUUAUCCACAUUUAGUUAUUGAUGCAUUUCGUUCACUUGUUACACCACCAUCAACAACAAAUACAAAACAUAAUAAUAAUAAUAAUAAUGCUAAUAAUAAUUUUCAUUCAACAUCAUUAACUACAACAAGUAAACAAUAUUCAAAAUAUGAUUAA